ACGGCUUCGCCGUCCUGGUGGGUUGCAGAGGCAUAGUGGACAUUUCUCAUAGCGGGGAAUCUAUGCCGUAAAUGAAGUAUUUUUUUGCCCGAAACGAAUGUAUUUUGGCUUGCAAUCGCGCUAGGAAGCAAGAGACAAGAACAAGGUGUUUCCAGCCACGUAUCUAGUAGGUCACCGCCGCCGAUUUUGCCCCGAUUGCGACGAGUUUUGCGUUUGAAGGGUGAGCGGGGCGGCCCAACACACACGCAGUGCCAAUGGCAUACAACCAGCGGAAAGAAUUCUACGACCAGGAAGUGCCUUACAUGUAUCCACAGAGUGUUCCCGGUGCAGAUCGGGAGGAUGACACACCUCCGAGAGACGAUGGACAAAAACGCAAGGAGCUCCAAGAUUCUGAAGACCUGUUUCAAGACUUAAGCCAGUUUCAGGAGGCAUGGCUAGCGGAAGCAAGCUGCGUAGAAGAUGAAGAACAGUUUGUGCCUGAUUUCCAAGCUGAAAACAUUUUGACGGCGCCCCUGAAGGUAAAGUCGGAGCCCCGCAGCCUGGAUGAGUGCCCCCGCCCCUGCUCACAUAUGGUCCCUCCCGGGGAGAUGUCCAACCCAGACAAGUUCGACUUCGGCGAGCAGUUGUUCAUGGGAAACCCCUGCGAUCCCAAGCUGCCACCGUUACCGCCCGCCCAGACACCGACCCCAAAGCAAGACGGACUGUCCUACCCACCCAGUACCUCCAGCACAGCAUACCCACAUCCACCAGAACCACCCAGGUACCAGAGACAACUGUCGGAGCCAGCCUACAGACUGCCCGACCCUCACGCCUUCCAGCGACAGGUGUCAGACCCCAUGUUCCAAAGACAAGUUCCCGACCACAUCCAUUUCCAGCGAUCGUCGUCAGACGCAGGUUUCCAGCCGCCCCGGAGCGAGGGCCAGUCCCCGUUCCCGGCAAACAUCAAGCAGGAGUUCCCAGAGCCGAUGUACAAUCGCGCGAUGGCUCCUCCCUUCCCUCCAUGCCCACCCAUCAAGCAGGAACCCAGAGACCUGGGAUAUGAUGGCGGACAGGCAGAAGUACCAGUGUGGGACCCGUAUCAGCGCCGAGACUCCAUGUAUGGUCCACAGGCAGCUGCAGCAGAAGGCUUUCUUACUGACAGCAACAUCAGGUCUUUCUAUGACGACAGCUGUCUGCCAGAAAAGUUAGCCGAAGGCAUGAAGCCUGAACUGUAUCGCGAAGCCCCGACCUACCAGCGGCGAGGCUCCCUGCAGCUGUGGCAGUUCCUGGUGGCCUUACUGGAGGACCCCAGCAACACGCCAUUCAUCGCGUGGACGGGCAGAGGACUGGAGUUCAAACUCAUAGAACCAGAAGAGGUUGCGCGGCGUUGGGGCAUGCAGAAGAACAGACCAGCCAUGAACUACGACAAACUCAGCCGCUCGUUGCGGUACUACUAUGAGAAAGGCAUCAUGCAGAAGGUGGCCGGGGAGCGCUACGUCUACAAGUUCACGUGCGACCCCGAGGCUCUGUUCUCCAUGGCAUUCCCAGACAAUCAGCGGCCUGUACUAAAAACUGACAGCCAGGUCCCACAGAUGAACCCACCGCUGGUCGUGCCUACCGACUGUCCCGUGUCGGGGGACAACACCGUCCCGCUCAGGCACCUAGAUGACAGCCUGGAGCAGAUGGCUUACAUGCAGGAGAUGCAGCGAGUCUGCACCACCGCCUCAGACCAGUCUCUUGACACCCCAAUCUUCUGAACAACCACCUCUACCUGUGAUAGCAGUAUUACAACAACAUUGAUGGACAGACACAAAAUUACAGCAGAGCCUUGUAAUGUCGACUGUUGAUGAUUUAAUCCCAAAACUGAGGAACACCAAACUGAGAGAGAUGGUAGCUUAACGGGAAUGAAGCACGAGUCUCACUGGAACAGUAACUCACAGACUCUACAUCAGUGUAUGUCUUCUCUAGACUAUACAUUCACACAGGACAUCUGAUGAUCUGUAACAAGCUUGCAGUAUGUGGCUUGAAAUGAGCAGACCGCUUUCCUGUCUGUGUCUCUGAAACCCGUAAAUUUGUGUGGCUUACUCAUCGGUGAGAAAGGUUGAGCACCAUUGCAUGGAGUUGAGAACAUGUUGAGAAUGUUUGACAGUGUGAUACGAUGCUAGAAAUUUGGCCUCUUAACUGUACAGAUAUAAAGUUAGUAGUAUGCGAGAGAAAUGAAAUCUAUAUUUGAUUUCUAUAUUUGAUUGUACUUACAAAGUCAAAGGUUUCAAAAGAUGAGAGAGAGACGAGCCUUCAACCAGAGUGCUUUGAAUCCUUUGAUACAGAUGAAACAAGCAAGGUGGAGCCUUACAGAAAGAAGUUGUAAAAUCUUGUACAUAACAAACAUAUAACAGAGAUCUGGGAGAUCUUAUUACCGAGGUCCAGGGCAGUAUAACUUGACUUUCACUAACAGUGAACUCCCCUUCAUCUUUGUGUACAGUACUUGUCAUUAAAACUACCACGUGUUUUCCGGUACUGUGGAAGCUUUUUGUAAUCGACCGAUUCUGUUUAGAUAAGGUGUUUAAUUGCCAAAGCAGGUCUUUACCAAAAUUUGCCUUUUUCGUGAAACGGCAGCAUGUCCUGAUUUAGUGUUUCAAAGGAAGAUGUCGUCGUAUCUGUAGAAAAACUAGCAGUUGUAGUCUAAAGACUUCUUACUUUGGUGAGAAGUUUACUGGCUUCUUACCCCCUCUCUCAAGUGAUUUUUAAAGUGAAUUGGAGUUGUAUCGAUGCGAAAAUAAUGACUGGUUGUCGGAAGAUGCGGUAGGUAGUACUUGUAGUACUUGGUCCGUGCCGUCUGGCGGUUUUGAGAUGUCAUUAAUACGUGCUGUGCCUUUCUUCAAUAUGAUGAUGUUAAAGGCAUCCAGUGUAAUUUCAGGGCAGCAAAGCAAAAAAAAUAUUCUGGAUGAGAGGAAAUACUGACAUAAACUGCCAUUUCUUAGCACAUUUUCAUCCUCGUGUCAUACUUGAAGCAUUCAGAUACAUAAUGUAGCCCUAAAACAAGCUAAGUGAGGAAUACCUAUAUUUUUGGGUACCACCAAAACCAGCUAGAACUAGACUACGAAGCAAGCAACCAUUUACCAUCAACAGCAUCACAGAUAUCAGUAUACAAUUUACUGCAUUAAAAAAUAGCCAAUAAAUUGGAUUUGAAACGUUUUGUGCCCUGAAAUUGUAUUUGAUGCCUUUAACUAAAAAUUCACAAUUGUCUACUUUGUCAAUGACGUGUCAUGUGACAAGGGCUUCUAACAGCCAACUCGUCCGUUUAUUGUUCAAAGAGAAAGAUGCUUUAUCGACAAUUAUAGAGGAUAUUAAAGAAAACUACUGUAUAUUUCAUUGUAGAGGAACUUAAAAACUGACAUAUUUUCUGCACCCCUCUAGUGUGAGAGUAUGUAUAUGUAUAUGUAACAUGUCGAGAGUACAACAUGGUAUUGCAUAUAGCAGAGUCAUUGUAGUGUUCCAUAACUUUGUUCAUAUAUACAAAUUUGAUUGGUUUGACUGUUCAGAGAUACAAGAACCUUGUAUUGUGAUUCGGACUGUCAUAUUUCAAUAAAGUUUGUAAAUACUGAAAAA